AUAGUCAGUCAGCGACACUGUAUCCAAAUUUGGUCAAUUAUCCGUGCAUCUGUAAUAGCGGAACGUCAUCAGAUUAAUAAUUACCGUGCAUUUAGUAGAAAGUUGACCUUUUUUUAACGUGAAAGUAUAAAUUGCAAAGAGAUGAAUUUUGGUCUUGUAAAAAACGCGACUGCUAAAAUCGAAACUUCCCACCUCUUAAUGUAAAGCCGAUCGUCAUUCUCCCUUCAAUGAAGAAAUUUUUAUAAAUUUACUAAACGUAUGACAAUAAAUUUCACUUCGUACGAACGCAUGUAACUAACCGAUGACUGUAUUGUUCGAUGCUGGCUAAUGAAAGUGCUCCGUCAAAAAUCGUCGCGCGUAUAUACGAUGGUUAAAUGCCUUUGCACCGUGCUCGGUGAUCAGUCAAAAUUUGUAUAUUUUUAUCCAAGUCAAGAACUUUCUAACCUAAAACAAAAAUUACCUUUGUUUUUCCUCAUCGUCGUCUCGGCAUUUCUCUUUGAGUUUCGUAAACACUCCGACCAAUAUCUUGAUCACCGAGAUGUUUAAGGAACCUCCUAGUCGAAACCGCAAUUCCCUAUCAUUACCAUCAUCGUCAAAGUUUCCUCGUACCGUGUUUCCUUCGCGAAGUUGAUGUCCGUGAUACAACAAACUUCUCCUGUCUAAAUUCUUCAUUGGAUCUGCAAAAAAAAUAAAAAAUGACACGCUGUACUAUGAGGAAUGCCGGAAACGCACAGCGGCUGACGACAUCCUUUCUUUGGCACUGUUGUACAAAUUCAAGAUAGUCUUGUUGAUGCGUAACCAGAGCAAAUCCUCUCCUAGGCCUAGUGUUUCUUUUUAAUGUAAAAAGAUGACUGCGAUGUCCUUAAGCAACCUGCUCUUUAACCACUCUACGUUUAAACAUUGGGUUUAUUGCUGAAUUGAUAGCAAUAAUGAAAUAAAAUAUUGUCACUUCUGGUACAUCAACAAAUGAAGCAUGGGACAGAGUGUGAAAUGAAAUUAUACAUAUAUUUAUUGUGAAUGUGUGUGGCAUAGCAAUGCAAGCAAAAAAACGCUAUUUACUGCUCUUCAUUACCUGUGCAUUUCUUGCUUAUUGCUACUUUGGUGGUUAUCGUUUAAAAAGUGAAAAGUGGACUGUGAUAAAACAGGAACCUCACGAAAAAUUGCCUUCGUACUUAACUUUGAAUGAGGAGUUUUACGACAAAGACUUGAAAUCAACGGGAAUUAAUAAUCUACUUCUUGUUUCUCGUAACACCAAUCAAUGUCGGAUGGAAACUUGCUUCGACUUUACAAGGUGCAGACAAGGUUUCACCGUUUACGUUUAUCCCGUAGAAGACAAUAUCAGUCCUCUUUAUCAGAAGAUAUUGAAUGUCAUCACUGAGUCUCGAUACUACACAACAGAUCCUUCUCGAGCCUGCCUGUUUGUAUUAGGUCUCGAUACCCUCGACAGGGAUCCGCUAUCCGCAGAAUUCGUUCACAAUCUUCCGUCCAAAUUGUUGCGAUUGACCUACUGGAACAACGGAAGGAAUCAUUUGAUUUUUAACUUAUAUUCUGGGACAUGGCCGGAUUAUGCCGAGGAAUCGCUCAGCUUUGAUCUUGGAUAUGCUAUUUUGGCAAAGGCUAGCAUGUCGCAAUUCAAAUUACGACCAAAUUUCGACAUAUCAAUUCCACUAUUCGGUAAACAACAUCCGGAACGAGGUGGCGAACCUGGUCAAGCACCUGAGAACCAUUUUCCUACCAAUAAAAAAUACGUAGCAGCGUUCAAAGGCAAGCGAUACGUCCAUGGUAUCGGCUCGGAAACUCGAAAUGCCCUAUAUCAUCUUCACAAUGGGAAAGAUUUAGUCUUUGUAACAACGUGUAGGCAUGGCAAAUCUUGGAGGGAGUUACAGGAUGAACAUUGCCAGCAGGAUAAUCAAGAGUAUGACAUGUACGACUAUGAGAUACUAUUGAUGAAUUCCACAUUCUGCCUGGUCCCACGCGGAAGAAGACUGGGCAGCUUCAGAUUUCUAGAAGCUCUCCGAGCAGGCUGCAUUCCAGUAAUACUAAGUAAUGGAUGGGCUCUUCCGUUUCAUGAGCGCAUUAAUUGGGAGCAAGCAGUAAUAUUUUCUGACGAACGCCUCUUGCUUCAGAUCCCAGACAUUGUGAGAUCCGUUUCGAAUGCAGAUAUUUUGAAGUACAGACAACAAACUCAGUUUUUAUGGGAACGUUACUUCUCUUCUGUUGAAAAAAUCAUUUUCACUGUAUUUGAGACUCUCCGAGAAAGAUUACCUUGGGAAGGGAAACGAGAAGGAUCGGUAUGGAAUUCGAGUCCCGGAGCUCUGGUGACGCUACCGCAGUUUACAGACAGCCAGCAGGAGCUUCCGUUUUCCAAUUGUGAACCCGGCAACACUUUUACUGCGAUAAUAUACUCUCAGCUCGGAUCUACAGCAGUCCUAUACCGCCUACUCAGAAGCGUGGCUAAGAGUAAAUACUUGGACAAGAUCAUACUCAUGUGGAACACGGAUAUUCCUCUUCCAAGGAGGCCGCGUUGGCAAGGAAUAAGAGCUUCGAUACACGUCGUGGCAGCUAACGGAAUAUCUCACCGUUUUUAUCCACAGAAAUUGAUGACAACAAGUGCUGUAUUAUCCUUAGAUGAGGAUGCUACUCUCAACACUGAUGAAAUUGAUUUUGCGUUUACCGUUUGGCGGUAUUUUCCUGAAAGGAUCGUAGGUUAUCCUGCAAGGUCGCAUUACUGGGACGACUCCAAGCGAUCAUGGGGUUACACCAGCAAGUGGACCAACGACUACAGUAUAGUAUUAACAGGGGCAGCUUUCUACCAUCGUUAUUAUAACACUUUAUAUACCGAGCUGUUGAGCUCGACAUUGCACAAAACUGUUGCACAGUCGCAAAAUUGUGAAGAUAUACUGAUGAACUUUUUAGUCAGUCAUGUGACAAGACGACCUCCUAUUAAAGUUACGCAACGUAAGCUAUACAAGGAUACAACAGUUGCCGGAAUUAGAUCUCCCUGGAACGACCCAGAUCAUUUUAUACAAAGACAAACGUGCAUGAACACGUUCGUCGCUGUAUUUGGGUACAUGCCAUUGCUGCGCUCGAAUAUGAGGCUUGAUCCGGUUUUGUUCAAAGAUUCCGUGAGCAACCUGCGUAAAAAAUAUAGACAGAUCGAACUUGUUAGUAAUUAGCACUGAAAAUGAGAUUUUUUUUUGCAUCGUUACACAAGUAUACAACAAAAUAUACCCUAUAAGAAUAUAAUAAAUGCAUUAUUUCAAUCAGCGAAUUUCCUAUACCGUAUUGAUUGACUUACAGCAUAAGCGAGAAAAUAAUAAUAAUAAUAACAAUAAUAAUAUAAUUACAGCAACACUACCGACCAGUUGGCAAUGGUUACAAAACUUUCUCCUAUUCUGUUUUACGGAGGUGUGUACAGUAGAUCAGAUCAUUUUAGUAAUAUGGUCAAUUGUCAUGAGAACUCUGGACGGAUUUAGUUUUCUUUCUCUUUUAUUUCAUCACACUCGCGAUUUCGUUAUCAAAAUGGACACAUAAAAAAUGCUCUCUACCUAAAACUUGAUGAAUGGUUAAAACUAGAAUACAGAAAAAUCAUUUCUUUUAUACAUAUGCUCGAUUCUGUGCAUAAGUUAAGAAGCGUAAAUUUAUUUACGAUACUGCGAUAACAAAUAUUCAUUGCCUAAACUAUGCGUCUUAUAGUUAGAUUUUUACGAUUUAAUCACGCUGAAGAAGAUUUUUUAACGGGUUCCGUGAAUUGAGAUUUAUUUUAUCAGUAGUCUUAAGUUCAAUGUAUCACUUAUGUAGGUUGUGAACUCGCGUCAAUAAUCAUCAUUGAAAAGCUUCCAUACCUCAUGAGAGUUAAAUGAUGGAGAGCUGCACUUUGCCGCAAUAAAAAAACGGAAAAUUACACUCUGCCAUAAGUUUACAAGCCAUCGUUUUUAAAAGCUGUAUGCUAAACGAGAACAUGAAUUGUGUUAAUUAUACUUUUCCUUUUUUACGUGUUAUUGGGAGAAAAAAACCUUCCCGUUAAUAUUAUUUAUUGUAAAAUUUGAUUAAUAUUAUAUAUAUAUAUAUAUAUAUAUAUAUAUAUAUUACAUAAAAUUGUAACCGUGCCAUAACACCGACCAAAUUAACGUAUUGAGAAUAUGUUUACGGGAUGCGUUCUUUACAGUAUAAUACUGUUACUGCAUGUACAGGCGGUAGUAACAAUAUACGAAUUAUUAUUUAUCGAAAAAUAACUUUGUUACUACGAAAUAAGUAAAACCGCUAUGAAAGAAGUGACGUUUCCUAUGUUGUGAACCAUUCCCUUCAAAGUUUUCAUUCAUUUUAUAAAGGCAAAUAAUGGCUAUUGCGAUUUACUGCACUCAAGUGCUAUUCUUUAGUUUUUGCCGAAUAGAAAUACCGGUAAAUUGUACCAACCUGCGCUCUGAGUGGGCUAAAGCAGCAACUAAAACUCAUGAGUAUGAUCACAUUAUAAUUGUAUUAUACCAGCAUUUUUAUUUUCAAUGCCCAGGUCUGAUUGUUCGGAAAUAAUACGCUAAAAUCAUUAAUGUUAAGUAUAUCAUACGAUAUUAUUUUUAAUAAAAAUUACAGUUUGCAGGGCGAGAUUUAAAGUGAAACGAGUUUCAAAAUGUUAUUUUUAACGUUUGAAUAUAGGUGCAACACAUUUUCCCACUUUAAUGAGUCAGGGAUCUACCAUCCAAAUAGAAAGUUUUAAGUAUUCGCUCGAGCAUAUUGAACCAUCCGAUUUUCAAUGAACUUUUGUAAAUCUGAAUCAAUCAAUUGUGAAAAGUAAAAUUGGUCAAUUACUUUCGAAUAUUCGCUGAAACUCGUGUUUUAGGAAAUAUUACAAAUUUAAAAAAAAAAAAAAUUUCUAAGCAAUAAGACGACGUUCCUAAUAAAAAUUAUAUACAUAGGUAGACACACACGAACACACACACACAGGUUUCCAGACUGUGCCAUGAAUGGGAAAGUAAGAAAACGUAUAAGAGAAAUGAAUUCCAAUCAUAUUUCUUGACAUAGAUUCUUGUCUAGAUGGAAGUCACUUACUCUUGUCUGUCAGUGUGUAUAGAAUUAAUUGACAACGCGACAAGAUAAAUUAUUUAUUACAUAAUUCAUAACUAAUGAAAUUCAAGAUUGCUACCAAGCUGUACAUAUUGAAAAAUAGUUGAGCCAUGCUUUUGACUAAUCAGAGAAUUGGUUUGUGAGCCAGCCUUUGAAAUUUUACAUUCACGAAGAAUCCAGGUAUUCAUGAAUGUCAAGCCCUGGAUAAGCAGGCAAAGACGAUAGGAAGUCUGAAGUUGUAAGAUGUGCCGUUACUAUUGUGUCGAAAUGUUAUUUAGAAAACAUACAGCUGUCUCAAAAAGGAAACGAAACGUAUAAUUAUUCCAAUCGUGAUUACAUAUAUGCAUACACAUACGCACGUGUAUAUAGUAUUAAUGCGUGUGUUUAUGUUACAUGUAAUUAUUCAAACAUUGUACAAAAUGUAACAAACAAUUACCCUUGGUGACUUCGCAAUUACGAGUCUAGGGUUUUGUACUAUUCAUAUAAAAUAAAUAAAUCGUUAAAAUCUAGAGUUUGCUAUUCGUAGUCAUUGCAAUUUAUAUUUAUUGUAAAUGUAUUUAUUGGCUCGUCGGCACUUCUAUGUACAGCAUUGCAGUCAGCUAGUUUUUAUUAUUACACUUUAUUUGCUUCCACUUUGUUUAGGCUAAAUCUACUACUGCAUAAAAUGGUUGAUAUUAAAUAGUACAAAAAAAAUUCUGUACCUAAUCCUAAAUAAAAUUACUUGUAUUCAUGGGCGUGCAAAAAUACAAAGACAGUAUUGAAAGUGAAUGCUGAUUGACAAACCGAGUAAAUAAUGUGGGAGGAAUAAGUUAUUUUAUUUUUUAAAAUAACAGUUGCAAGAUAGAGAUCCCCUUUGGCGUAUCGGUCAU